CACACUGGCACACACACUGGUAUCGCCAUGAUCCUGAUGGGUCACAGUUUGUGCCUUCCUACUCGAGCCACAGUCCACGAGCUGUUCUCUGUGGCUAGAGAUGCCAAUGUCAUCCCAGACAUCUCCUUAGAUCCUGUCCUCACCACUUUCCUCUCUCUGGACUCCUCGGCAGCUCUGCAGCAUCAGUACGCCUUCUUACAGCGGAGCAUGAGCAGCGGGCAGCAGACAGCUUUCAGCCUCAGCCUGACAGAGAAGCUGGGAGGCAGCAGCAGGGUCACGUAUGGAGGAGUGGGGGUCGUUGCUCUGGCUCUGUCCAUGCUGUUUGACCAGGUUGCCCAACAAGUCAGAGCCCAUGGAUCAACAGAGGGCCACUUGUCAGCUCAGAGAUCCCAGCCUAAGAGGAUUUUUGGCAUCAGCAGUUCUUCACGAAUCGGAGGGAUUAUCCACAGCUACCUCCAUCUGAUCCCCAGCAUCGCCAACAACUCAGAAAAGAUGGCUGAGACCACGGAGCUCUAUGACACCUGGCUGAAACUUGAGAUAAUCGACCAUUAUGAGAGGAUGACCACCAAGAAGAGGAUGAGCACAGUGUCCAUGCAGCAGUGGCUGGUGGGAGCUGCAGUCCAUCUACACAUAAGAAUCCACCAGGUCCGUCUGAACUCUGUGCCAUUGGGAUCAGCUGAGUCACUGCGCCGCUCUUAUAAGACUGGUCUGGGUCGCCUGGUUCAGGGUUACACAACCUAUCUACGCAAAAACAUCCAGGAGACUCCAGGACCAAGAAAACCCGGAACCAGGACAGCCUCUGGACUCAGACAAACAACCACACUCAGCGUCACAAACACAACCUGCUCAAGGAAUCUCCUCUUUAAUGAUAGCUUGGAUAUCUCAGCUGAUAAUGAGACUGCACCCAACACAACUGCUGAUAUUAGCUGUCAAAGAUUCACACUGAAUGAAGACUUUGGACUUAAUGUGACUAACAGAAGCAAUGAUACCAUCGUAGGUGUGGUGAACAUGGAGACGCUGAACGGUUCUGCUGAGGAUUUCAGCAUGAAGGGUCUGUUAGUAAUCGAGCCUUACAGGAAUGUGAGCCACAACGUGCAGCAUCACCCAUGUGAGUCUCCAGUCAUACAGCAAGCUUUGGUGAUGCGUAUUAUGAAGGCUCAGGACCUGGAUAGGAACAGGAACUUCUUUCUUUAUCCUGACAAAGUCUUUCACAGCCUGCUGAAGCAAAGGGAAGACUUUGAGUUUAAAACAGAUUAGGCACAAACUCACUAUUUGGGAUUCUGCCUGAAAACUACUGUCUGCUGUCCCACAAAUGAACCUGAUAUUUAGCUUUCAUCUUUUGGAAGUUAAGGGCCUGUGUCCUUUGACUGCUGUCUUUGGACUUACAGCUUCCAAACCUUAGUGCAGUUUUAGUGAGGAGGACAAUGAAGAAGAAGUUGUGUUUCUACCAUAGAGAAUAGAGAGAAAACAAUAAUAUUAAUAUGAUAAAAUCAAGAUGUCUUAACAUGCAAUGUUCUCUUUAAAAAGCAGUGCAACAUCGCCCUCUAGUUGUAGAAGCUGGCACAGCAAUGAUUAGAAGCCAAACAUGCUGUAACACUUUAUCAGAACCACAGCUGGAGGAGGAAGUGCUGAAAUUAGAAGAAUUAAAUUCACAAACUCAGUAAGAAUACUGGAAGCAAACUGAUUGCCCUAUUUAUGAUUUAUUCAUUAUAAUAAAUUUGUUAAGUCCUGGUAAAAUAUUUAAUCUUUUUGAUAAACUCCCGGACUUGUAAUAAUCCAGGAAUGUUAAACAAUUAAUUUGUUUUAACUGUUAUUAAUCUGAGAAUUUCCAUACAUCAUCACAAUUAUUCUAUCUGUUUGUAUCAUUUUGAAAAUCUGCUGUUUGUAUUUUAACCUGUUUUUGUUUCAUUUUGGUUUUUUUUUAAUAAUAUAUGAAGUCUGUUACAUGUGUAAAACUAGCAUACACAUGAUUAAAGUAAGCUGUACAGGAAGAUAUAAGAUGUAAUAUGGAAAUGAUAACCAAGCUUAAGUGGCAAGUGACAAAAUAAUGUAGAAUGGCAUGAUAAAUUAAACACCAUUCAAGUAAAUAGCAGUAUAACAGUAUUACCCAAUAGUAUCACAUGGUAGUAUUAGAGUAAUAUAGUACAUUUUCAAGUUGAAAAUAUGAUAUAGGCCGCAUUUAAUCUGAAAAAGAUUCAGAAACAUAAUAAACCACUGUGGCAA